AUGACUGCUGUUAACAUCGCCAUCAUCGGGGCUGGGGUCGUUGGUAAGGCCUUCAUCGAGCAACUUGCCGGCAUCAAGUCGAAAACUAUCUCCUACAACCUUAUAUACCUCGCCACCUCUAAGAAGGCUUUGAUCAGCAAGGACUAUUCUCCAAUCAGUAUCUUUGAGUCCUUAGAUUUGCUAUCACAAUCUACCGCUGCUCCAUAUCAAACCCCUGAACUGGUUAAUUACCUUGCCGAAUCCAGUUUGCCUGUCAUCUUGGUCGACAACACAUCCAACGAAAAACUCGCAGAAUCAUAUCCGUUGUUUGUUGAAAACGGCAUCUCAAUUGCCACUCCAAACAAGAAGGCAUUUUCCAGCAAUUUCAAAUUGUGGAAUGACAUUUUCUCUGCUGCAGGAGCUGCCAACAAUGGUCUUGUAUACCAUGAAGCAUCUGUCGGUGCAGGUUUGCCAUUGAUCAGCCCUUUGAAGGAAAUGGUUGAAACUGGUGAUGAAAUUGUUAAAAUCGAAGGUAUCUUCUCCGGUACUUUGUCAUACAUAUUCAAUGAAUUUUCCACAAUUGAUCCAAAUACCACCAAAUUUAGUGAAAUUGUCUCCGUUGCCAAGCAACUGGGUUACACAGAACCUGAUCCAAGAGAUGACUUGAACGGUUUGGAUGUUGCCCGUAAGGUUACUAUCUUGGCAAGAAUCUCUGGCUUGCCGAUCGAAAACUCCACCUCCUUUCCAAUCCAUUCUUUGAUCCCAAAAGAAUUGGAAUCCGUCCAAUCUGCCGACGAGUACAUGUCCAAAUUGCCUAACUUCGACGGUGAUAUGGACGCGUUGAAGGCUGAAGCCGCAAAGGAAAACAAGGUCUUGAGAUUUAUCGGCUCCAUCGACGUUCCAAACAAGAAGGUAUCUGUCGAAAUCGCAAAAUUCGACUACUCUCAUCCUUUUGCAUCCUUAAAGGGUUCUGAUAAUGUCAUCUCCAUCAAAUCAAAGAGAUACACAAAUCCUUUGAUUAUACAGGGUGCCGGUGCUGGUGCUGAUGUCACCGCAAUGGGUGUCCUCGGUGACGUUAUCAAGAUUGCUCAAAGAAUAGCCAAAUAG